AUGAGGUUGCGACACUUCUGGAAGCCCGAGCUGCAGACGUUGUUCCUCGCGAAGAAGGACGGCAAGUGGCUGUCAGAUAGGGAUGAAGAUGUACGAGCUCUGAUGGAGAAUAAAACUUCGAAAGCGAUGGAGGAGGUUCUGGAUGAUAGCAACGUCAUGGACCCUCAACGCCCACUCAACGACUUCAACUUUCCUGAUAUUGAGGACGACUCAAGAGGAAGGUGGAAUGAGCGCCAUGUAGUCUUGGAGACUCCGUACAAUUGGUCCUGGCACAAGCGCACAAUCAAAAGAAGGCUUGCUACAGCCGAACAGCGUCGUACGGGUUCGUCGAGCUCCAAGUGCGAUAACGUCGUGCGAGGGCUGAGCAGCGGCGAGAAGCGGGCGAUUUUGUGGCGUGAAGCACCCUCGGCUGUGGGGAAGUGGAUCUCGUCAUAUUUCCCCUCGAAAGCGAAUUCACCGAAGAAGGCCCCCUGGCUUUAA